UCCCAUCAAAACCCCGACGUUAUUCUUGUGUCUCAACCUCUUCACUUCAUUCUUAAACCCCCCAAACUCCAAACGUUAGUCGUCGUCAUCUUCACCGCCGCAAACAUGGCCUUCUCCGAGUUCAAGCCACUAGACGACAAGUCGCUCAUUGAGUACCUAAAGGCCACACCCUCCCUCUCUUCCAAGCUCAAGAACAACUUGGACAACUUGACCAUCAAGGAAGUCGGCGACGGCAAUCUCAACUUCGUCUUCAUCGUCGUUGGCGCUCAUGGCUCUUUCGUUAUCAAGCAGGCUCUUCCAUACGUGCGUUGUAUAGGCGAGUCAUGGCCGAUGACAAAGGAAAGAGCUUAUUUUGAGGCACUGGCACUAAGAGAGCACGGUCGUUUGAGUCCUGAUCAUGUGCCUGAAGUUUAUCAUUUUGAUCGGACUAUGUCUUUGAUUGGCAUGCGCUAUUUGGAACCUCCACAUAUCAUAUUGCGGAAGGGAUUGAUUGCUGGAAUUGAGUACCCUUUGCUGGCUGACCACAUGUCAGACUAUAUGGCAAGGACCCUGUUCUUCACUUCUCUCAUUUAUCAUAAUACUACUGACCACAAGAAGGCAGUUGCUGAGUUUUGUGGAAAUGUGGAGUUAUGUAGGCUCACUGAGCAAGUUGUUUUCUCUGACCCUUACAAAGUAUCUGAGUAUAAUCGCUGGACUUCUCCUUAUCUUGAUUCUGAUGCUGAGGCUGUGCGAAAGGAUAAUGCUUUGAAGCUUGAAGUUGCUGAGUUGAAAUCUAUGUUCUGUGAGAGAGCCCAAGCCCUAAUACAUGGAGAUCUUCACACUGGUUCCGUGAUGGUGACUCCUGAUUCAACUCAAGUUAUAGAUCCAGAAUUUGCAUUUUAUGGACCAAUAGGUUUCGAUAUUGGAGCUUUUCUGGGAAACUUGAUUUUGGCUUUCUUUGCCCAAGAUGGGCAUGCUGAUGAACAAAAUGAUCGAAAAGCAUACAAGGCUUGGAUUUUGAGGAUAAUUCAAAAUACAUGGAACCUUUUCCACAGAAAAUUCAUUGCACUAUGGGAUGCGAACAAAGACUCUGGUGAUGCGUAUCUUCCUGCAAUUUAUAACAACUCUGAGCUUCAACAGCUUGUACAAGACAAAUUUAUAAAAGAUUUGUUGCAUGAUACCCUUGGAUUUGGAGCUGCGAAAAUGAUAAGGAGAAUUGUUGGCGUGGCACAUGUUGAAGAUUUUGAGUCCAUCACUGAUGCUAGCAAGAGAGCGGGUUGCGAGCGACGGGCACUCAAGUCUGCAAAGCUGAUUCUCAAGGAGAGGAGAAAAUUUCAAGCCAUUGGGGAAGUUGUUUCAGCCAUUCAACAAAUCCAGUAAUGACUUAAGAUGCAUUAGCGUACUGUUUUACCAAACAGAGCGUACUGUUUUACCAAACAGACAACCAGAGGCGGACAAAAAGAUGUCGGAAAAGAGUUUCAAAUGGGAAUUGCAACUGAUCUCCUUGUGGCUGGAUAGAUAAAUGUUUGGAUAAUAAAAACAUGACUCAUGUAUAUUCACUAUGCUGUGUCUGUGAGUCCUUAUUGUUCCAUUUGAUUACCCUCAUCGCCCUUGUUUUGAGCUUGACAUGAGCCAGUGUAUGAUAAUGUCAUCGAACAUAGAGGCAGCAAAAGUAGCACUAGUGAGUUUGAGAGCGUUCUUUCUGGAGAAAGUUUAAAUUGUUGAAUUUUUCGGGAAGUGUUAAUCACUUAA